AUGCUACAUCGCAUUGGGGAAUUGAACUCCAAGGGUACAAAAAUACCUGUUUCAGCAUUCAAUGAGAUUGAAGCGCUUCAUCCUGGACUACAUGGAUAUCUCCAAAGAGCUGGGGUGCAAAUGUGGGCGCGCGUUCAUUUCCCGGGUGAAAGAUGGUUUGCUGAACGGAGAGAGGAUGCAAAAUCACAGCUAACAACGCUCUCACGAGGUGUUGAAAAACUGUUAGAGGGUCGUGUAACUGCAUCAAGACUUUUUGAAGUACAACCGAUUGAUGCUUUACGUGUACAAGUACAAUAUGGAACAUCUUUGCAUGUUGUAAAUUUGGAUGCAAAAAGAUGCACAUGCCGCCGUUUCGAGCAGGAGAAAAUACCAUGCGUCCAUGCAAUCGCAGCUGCAGAGCAUAUGGGUGUGUCUCAUAUUUCCCUGGUCGAUCUGACCUACCGGAGCAAUUAUUUGGUUAACGCGUACGCUGAUUCAAUCUCACCUACAGAUAUUGCACUCACUGUUCCUGAAAUUGUAACUAACCAACCGUGCGUGCCUCUGAACAUUGCAACCCAGCCAGGAAGGCCGAAGAAAAGCAGGAUUAAAUCAACUGUGGAAAUUGCACUUCAGAAUAAACGCCUGAGGAAGCCACACGCAUGUUCUCGAUGUAAAGAAGUUGGGCAUAAUGAAAAAACUUGCCGGAAGUAG